AUGGAGAACAGUAUUAAGACCAACACUGCUCCUCCCGUUGACCUGCGUCAACUAAAUUUUGCGUUCGCCAAGGUCACUAUAGGUGGCCAUCUCAUCAACCGCUUGCAACAUGAUUCAACAAAUUAUCAUGCAGAUCAAGACGAUGAUCGCGUUUUACGUGAUGUGAAUUUAACACUUCAGCCUGGUCAGCGUGUUUUAGUGGUUGGUGGCAAUGGAGCUGGUAAAAGCACGUUGCUCAGUAUCUUGGCUGGAAAACACUUAACUGCUGAUAAUACGGCACUAGUCUUUGGGCGAGACAGUUUUCGUGAUACGACACUUAAUUGUUUAAGGACAUUUGUGAGUGCAGAUUGGGGUCAGCGAAGUGUGGCUUUCGCUUCACACGCUAUGGCGUACUCGGCUGACAUGGCCGUAGAGGAAAUGAUGGUCAAAUUACAAAGCGAGUUUCCAGACCGCCGUCAGCAAUUAUUGAAACUGCUGCGUAUAGAUCCGAAAUGGCGACUGCAUCGCCUUUCAGACGGUCAGCGUCGUCGAGUGCAACUCUUUUUGGCGCUAUUGAGACCAUCUCAGCUCAUUGUGCUGGAUGAAGUACUUGGAAUGCUUGAUAUCAUUUCACGGGAGAACGUUCUUACAUUUUUAAAAGAGGAGACGGAACAACGACAGGCUACUGUAUUACUUGCUACCCACAUAUUUGAUGGUACAGAUGUCUGGGCGUCCCAUGUCUUGUACAUACGAUGCGGCUCUGUGGGCUUCUUUGGUUCUAUUGACCAAUGUACUGAUGGUUUGACGGUACCGAUGUACAAGGUGGUUGAGCACUGGCUGCGUGAAGAAUUGUCGGAAGACGAUUGCAUGGAAAGUGAGGCUGUGGGCGCAUCCGGUGACUUUGACCUGAGUAACGCACAAAAUCGUGCUGGUGGAUAUGCCGCAGGUCGACUUGGUGGAGUCGAUAUUUCAUUACUUUAA